CUCUUUUGGAACAUAUAAAACCAACAACAGCAAGCAUUAGCUUUUCAAAUCAUCUCCUAUAGAUUUGAGGAUUCAAAGAAGCAUCGCAACGCGGUCAUUGAAGAAUGUCUGCUCCUGCUGUUCCGGCCAAUGUUUGCUAUGUUCACUGCAACUUCUGCAAUACCAUCCUUGUGGUGAGUGUUCCAGGGAGCAAUUUGUCAGCGAUUGUGACAGUGAGAUGUGGGCAUUGUGGGAAUUUGCUUUCCGUGAAUAUGGGAGCUCUUCCUCAGUCAAUUCCACUUCAAAAACUUGAGGGAUACAGUUUAGGGAGUCAAGUCUUACGUACGAGCUGCGAAUCAUCUUCUAGUUGUAGCAGAACUUCACUUGUCAAUGCCAUGGGCGAUGAUCAGCAGGAUAUACCUCUUAUGCAUC